GAGGGGCGGCCGUCUCGGCCCUCCCUGGCGGGGCCCCGCGGCCUGGGAGCCCGAGCGGGCCGAGCCGUCGCCGCGGCCGGAGCUGUCCCCCAGCCAGACCCGGCGAGACGCGAGCGGCGGGAGGGAGGCGGCGGCGCACCCGGCCCCGCCCGCCCGAGCGUCGGACGCGACCCCGCGCCGAGCCAUGGAGCCCGAGCCAGUGGAGGACUGUGUGCAGAGCACACUUGCCUCCCUGUACCCACCCUUCGAGGCGACAGCCCCCACACUGUUGGGCCAAGUGUUCCAGGUGGUGGAGAGGACUUAUCGGGAGGAUGCGCUGAGGUACACUCUGGACUUCCUGGUGCCCGCCAAGCACCUGCUUGCCAAGGUCCAGCAGGAAGCCUGUGCCCAGUACAGCGGUUUCCUCUUCUUCCACGAGGGCUGGCCCCUCUGCUUGCAUGAGCAGGUGGUAGUACAGCUAGCAGCCUUGCCCUGGCAGCUGCUGCGCCCAGGGGACUUCUACCUGCAAGUGGUGCCCUCAGCAGCCCAAGCACCCCGCCUGGUACUUAAGUGCCUGGCCCCAGGGGGUGGGCGUGUACAGGAGCUGCCUGUGCCCAGUGAGGCCUGUACCUACCUAUUCACACCUGAGUGGCUACAAGGUAUCAAUAAGGACCGGCCUACAGGUCGCCUCAGUACCUGCCUACUCUCCGCACCUUCUGGGAUUCAGCGGCUGCCCUGGGCUGAGCUCAUCUGCCCCCGAUUUGUGCACAAAGAAGGCCUCAUGGUAGGACAUCGGCCAAGCACACUGCCCCCAGAACUGCCCUCCGGACCCCCAGGGCUCCCCAGCCCUCCACUCCCUGAGGAGGCCUUGGGCACCAGGAGUCCUGGGGAUGGGCACAAUGCCCCUGCUGAAGGACCCGAGGGCGAGUACGUGGAGCUGCUGGAGGUGACACUACCCGUCAGGGGGAGCCCUAUGGAUGCAGAGGCCGCCUCGGGCCUCUCCAGGACCCGGACGGUACCCGCCCGCAAGGGUGCUGGAGGGAAGGGCCGGCACCGGAGACACCGAGCGUGGAUGCAACAGAAGGGUCUAGGGCCUCGGGACCAGGAUGUGGCCCGCCCGCCCGGUGAGGGGAGCAGCAGUGGACCCUCCCCUGGAUCUCCCCCUGGAGCUGAGGCACUCCCAGAGGCAGCAGUUCUGGAGGUAUCUGAUCCCCCCACAGAGGCCCUGGGGGGAGCCUCUGAGUCUUGCCCGCUGCGGACAGGGGAGGUUGUGGGAGGAGCAGGCCAGGGGGCUGAAGGACCACCUGGCACUCCUCGGAGAACAGGCAAAGGAAACAGGAGAAAGAAGCGAGCUGCGGGCAGAGGGGCUCUCAGCCGAGGAGGGGACAGUGUCCUGCUGAGCCCUGGAGACAAGGAAGAGACCAGCCAACAGGAAGUCCUCACCAAUCUGCCCGCACCAAAUGAGCACAAGCUUCCAGGAGGCAACCUGGUUAAGGAAGAGCAUGAAAGCUUGGGGAAGUCAGAGUCUGAGCCGAAAGAGGAACUCAAACAAGCAGAUGAAAAAGAAUCUCGGCCCCCAGAAGCUUGUGAGCCUAUAGAAGAGGCCAGAGAGAGAGAGCAGGAGGGGUCAAGCGUGGUGUGUGUGGCAGGACCCACAGAUCCCGAAGGACCCCUCUCUGAGCCCCCAACACCACCAUUGGAGACUGUGCAGGAAGUGAAAAGGGACAGCAUCUCAGAAGAGGCCCCUCCCGUCUCCAUCUCUGAUGACCCUGACAUAGCUUGGGACUUGAUGGCAUCUGGGUUCCUCAUCCUGACUGGAGGGAUGGACCAGAGCGGGCGAGCUCUGCUGACCAUUACCCCACCAUGCCCUCCUGAGGAAUCCCCACCCUCCCGAGACACGCUGAGCUCUACUCUUCAAUACCUCCACUCACUGCUCAGGCCUGAUCUACAGAAACUGGGGUUGUCUGUCCUGCUAGACCUUCGCAAGGCACCUCCCCUGCCUCCAGCUCUCAUUCCUGUCCUCAGUCAACUUCAGGACUCGGGAGACCCUCCCCUUGUUCAGCGGCUGCUGCUUCUCAGUCAUGAUGACCCUCCCACUGAGCUCCAUGGAUUUCAGGGUGCUGAGCUGCUGUCAGAGAAUGAUCUGAAAAGAGUGGCCAAGCCAGAGGAGCUGCAGUGGGACUUGGGAGGUCACAGGGAGCCCUCUCCCAGCCACUGGGUUGAGACACACCAGGAGGUGGCAAGGCUGUGCCGCCUGUGCCGAGGUGUGCUGGGCUCUGUACGGCAAGCCAUUGCGGAGCUGGAGGGGACAGCAGAGCCAGAGGGAGAGGAGGCGGUAGGAAUGCCUGAGCCCCUGCAGAAGGUGCUGGCAGAUCCCCGGCUGACAGAGCUGCAGAGGGAUGGGGGAGCCAUCCUGAUGAGGCUGCGUUCCACCCACAGCAGCAAGCUGGAGGGCCCAGGUCCAGCUAUGCUGUAUCAGGAGGUGGAUGAAGCCAUUCACCAGCUUGUGCGCCUCUCCAACAUGCACGUGCAGCAGCAGGAACAGCGGCAACGCCUGCGCCGACUCCAGCAGGUGCUGCAGUGGCUUUCAGGCUCAGGCGAGGAGCAGCUGGAGAGUUUCGCUGCGCCCGGGGACUCCCUGUCUGCCCUGCAGGAGACAGAGCUCCGAUUCCGGGCUUUCAGUGCUGAGGUUCAGGAGCGCCUGGGUCAGGCACGGGAGGCCCUGGACCUUGAGGAGGACAGUGCCUCCCAGAAGGUUCUGGAUAUCUUUGAACAGCGGCUGGAGCAGGUGGAGAGUGGCCUCCACCGGGCCCUGCGGCUACAGCGUUUCUUCCAGCAGGCACACGAAUGGGUGGAUGAAGGUUCUGCCAGACUGGCAGGAGCAGGGCCAGGUCGGGAGGCAGUGCUGGCAGCCCUGGCCCUGCGGCGGGCCCCAGAGCCCAGCGCUGGCACCUUCCAGGAGAUGCGGGCCCUGGCCCUGGACCUGGGCAGCCCAGCAGCCCUGCGAGAGUGGGGCCGCUGCCGGGCCCGCUGCCAAGAGCUGGAGAGGAGGAUUCAGCAACAGCUGGGAGAGGAGGCCAGUCCGCGGAGCCACCGGCGACGACGGGCAGACAGUGCCAGCAGCGGAGGGGCCCAGCGGGGCCCUCACAGCCCUUCACCCAGCCUCAGCUCCCUGCUGCUCCCCAGCAGCCCUGGGCCACGGGCAGCCCCAUCCCACUGCUCCCUGGCCCCCUGUGGGGAGGACUGUGAGGAGGAGGGCCCCGAACUGGCUCCAGAAGCAGAGGGCAGGCCACCGAGGACCGUGCUGAUCCGAGGCCUGGAGGUCACCAGUACCGAGGUGGUAGACAGGACAUGCUCACCCCGGGAACACGUGCUGUUGGGCCGGGCCGGGUGUCCAGAUGGGCCCUGGGGAGUAGGCACCCCCCGGAUGGAGCGCAAGAGAAGCAUCAGUGCCCAGCAGCGUCUGGUGUCUGAGCUGAUUGCCUGUGAACAGGAGUAUGUGGCCACUCUGAGUGAGCCAGUGCCACCCCCUGGGUCUGAGCUGACCCCUGAACUGCGGGGCACCUGGGCCGCUGCCCUAAGUGUCCGGGAGAGGCUUCGAAGCUUCCAUCGGACACACUUUCUGCGGGAGCUUCAAGGUUGCACCACCCACCCCCUGCGCAUUGGGGCCUGCUUCCUUCGCCAUGGGGAUCAGUUCAGCCUUUACGCCCAGUACGUGAAGCACCGACACAAACUGGAGAAUGGCCUGGCUGCACUUGGCCCCCCAACUAAGGGCUCCAUGGAGGGUGGCCCUCACCUGCCCCGGGCCCUGCAGCAGCCCCUGGAGCAGCUGGCUCGGUAUGGGCGGCUCCUGGAGGAGCUCUUACGGGAAGCUGGGCCUGAACUGAGUUCUGAGCGCCAGGCCCUUGGGGCUGCCGUGCAGCUGCUCCGGGAACAAGAGACCCGUGGCAGAGAUCUGUUGGCCGUGGAGGCGGUGCGUGGCUGCGAGACAGAUCUGAAGGAACAGGGACAGCUCCUACACCGGGACCCCUUCACCGUCAUCUGUGGCCGAAAGAAGUGCCUUCGCCAUGUCUUCCUCUUUGAGCAUCUCCUCCUGUUCAGCAAACUCAAGGGCUCUGAGGGGGGCUCGGAGACCUUUGUAUACAAGCAGGCCUUUAAGACUGCUGACAUGGGGCUAACAGAAAACAUCGGGGACAGCGGGCUCUGCUUUGAACUGUGGUUUCGGCGGCGCCGUGCACGGGAGGCAUACACUCUACAGGCUGCCUCACCAGAGAUCAAACUCAAGUGGACAAGUUCUAUCGCUCAGCUGUUGUGGAGACAGGCAGCCCAAAAUAAGGAGCUCCGAGUGCAGCAGAUGGUCUCCAUGGGCAUCGGGAAUAAACCCUUCCUGGACAUCAAAGCCCUUGGGGAGCGGACGCUGAGUGCCCUGCUCACUGGAAGAGCCGCGCGCACCCGGGCCUCUGUGGCUGUGUCAUCCUUUGAGCAUGCCGGCCCCUCCCUUCCGGGCCUCUCACCGGGAGCCUGCUCCCUGCCUGCCCGCGUCGAGGAGGAGGCCUGGGAUCUGGACGUCAAGCAAAUUUCCCUGGCCCCGGAAACACUUGACUCUUCUGGAGAUGUGUCCCCAGGACCAAGAAACAGCCCCAGCCUGCAACCCCCCCAUCCUGGGAGCAGCACUCCCAUUCUGGCCAGUGGAGGGAUCUUAGGGCUAUCCCGGCAGAGUCAUGCCCGAGCCUUGAGUGACCCCACCACGCCUCUGUGACCUGGAGAAAAUCCAGAACUUGGCUACAGCCCCUCCUCUCAGCAUAUUUUGGGCUGGGAUGGCAAUGGGACAUAGUGAAGGACUGGAAGAUCACUGACUUCCUUCCCUCUGCUUCCUGGACAGAGAGGUCAAAGGACCAGCGUGUUACCCUGCUAACUGUCUCUAUAGCUCUCCUCAGCUGGGCGCCUUCCUUCAGGAACCAGAGUGCCCAUACUUGCUUGCCUUCAUACUCUGGAGGCAGGAAAAUUAUUCCUGGUCCAGUCCUUCCCCUUCUUGGGCCACUGCAUAACUCCCAGGGUACCACCCCCAUGUCAGGCCUCCCAGAGAGCUGGUGUGUCCCCCUUCUUCCCUCCUUGACUCCCUGAGAAGACUCAUCUCUGUCAGGUCAACCAUUAUUCCUGGUGACUCCAUUCUGGGCUGUCAGAAGAAAUGGAGUUAUGCAAACCAUUAUAUGAGGGUGGGGCGGGGAACUGCAAACUUUAUAUAUGUAAUUACUGUUAUUAUAAUACUAUUGUUAUAUUAAAUGUAUUUACUCACACUUUGUGUCGGAAAAGCUAGAGCAGUCCUCUAGGUUGAGGUGAUACUACUAACUUGAGCACGUCCCCUCAACCAUCAACUAGAACACAGAAAAUACAACCAAGGCUACAAGAUACCCUGUACCCCUUCCUGGCCCAAAGCUGGGUGUGGACCAGGCCUGGGAGAACGUGCCUCCUCCACAGUGGCUCCCAGAGGCUCACUGCAUCCUUUGAAGCUCCUCUUCUCACACUGCACCCAUUUCUUGAGACUGAGCUAGUCACAGUCAAGCUAGGAUUCAACACAGUUCGGAAGAUUUCAAAAUGAGGUCCUCAGAUCACAGUGCAUGAGAAUUCCCUAGGCAAUUUGCUAAAUGCUAAUUUCUGGGCCCCAACCCAGAGCUACUGAAGCCAAAGGCUGGGGGUAAAAUCCAAUAUUUCUGCUUUUCUUAUCAAGCUCUUUGGGUGAUAUGAUAACAAGUGCCUAAAUAGGUGCCUCUUUCCUGGAGAGAAUGGCCUAAAAAGGACAGGACAUACGCAGACAGACACAGUGUCCUGUGCCUCAAGACACUUGUUUAUUAGGGACACAACUCUGCGACAGGGAUGACAGGAAUCGUACCAAAAAUAGCAACGUCUACAGGGCCCCAGAAGGGGCUUAGAAGGGUACAGUGCCCCCCACCCCCACCCAUUGUACAAAAAUAAACUCUCACGCCUAUGGACCAGCAA